AUGCGCACAUUCCACACAGGUGGUGCUGUUGAGGACGUUUCGGAAGCCCGUCAGCAUAAAAUUCUAUCCAAAGCCAGUGGUACCGUGCGUUUCCGAGAUUUCCAACCAGGACGAACGGUCAAAGAGGAACGUGAUCUCUGGAUAGCCACCGAAAACCGGGCAAAUCUUGAUGGACCCGCUUACAAAGUCCAACAAGUUAACCACCCCGGUUGUCAACUGCGUGAAGGUGAAUUACUCAGUGAGAAACAGUAUAGCGAAAACACAGAGCGUUAUAAAGGCUUUGAUACCAAGACGUGGCAGUACGAAGUCACUGCUGUUUUGGAUAGCGGUUGCCGUUUGAAGAUAGGUGAUCAGUUAUCACAGGCAGAAUACACCAAAGCGCUCACAGAAUACGGUUUCCAACGAUUUGUAACGCCUCACUACCGCGUGACACAAGUGCAACACCCGGACAUCUCGGUGGCUGCUGGCGACCUGCUCACUGAAGAAGCGGCAAAGCAGCUGAAGGAUGAGAUUCGACACGGGUUUGAUAUAGAGUUAUAUUACUUAGAUCCAGAAACAGGCGAACUUGUGAAGGAAGAAGACCUUAAGGUAACGAGUAAUGCCUCUGGACAGACGAAUGUAUCUGCGAGUAGUGAAGAAGACGAUACUGGUUUCAAGCGCAUUUAUCGUGUAACCAGUAUAGACAAGACGGUAAGAAAGAACUUCCCAUUUAAGGUGGGACAAGAAGUUCCAACGGAAGAAAUUACGCCGUGGUUGACCCCGUUUGAGGUAGAUUCAAAGCCAAUUUACGUUGUGAAUAAAGACAUCCCAAAUGGAUCACCCCUUCUUGAACAGACUGUUUUACCAAGUGAUAGCAGGAGUUCGGAUACGUCGCCUCUUAAGAUUGGUGACGAAUUGAGCACGACUGACUAUGAGCGCUCCUGCGCUACGUAUCGAGAUAAUGGAUGGGCGUUUAAGGUUGAAAAGCAGGAGGUCGAGCGACAUCACGUAACACAGGUGUAUCAUCCCGAAUGCCCUCUUAAAGUUUCAAAGCACAAAAACUGCGGCACCGCGUUACACAAGUUCAUCACCCCGAUUGUCUACUUAAACUGGGAGAUUUGCUCGGUGAGAGUGAGGCAAAACAGCAUCGUGAGGCUUAUUUAG